UCGUGUAUAUUCAAUAAUACUUAUUAUAAGUUCACUCCGUGUAAAUAUACUUCUUUGGUGAGAACAUACAAAACAGCUGUCUAAAUCAAAAAGAACGUUUCUUCCUAUCACUGUCUUUGGAUCAAGGUGAGCUAGUUCACAACUAUGAUGGGAUCAAGAACCUUAGAGAUAUUGAUACUGACUACAAUGGUGCUGUCAAUUGCUAGAACAUACGAUGAUACGUGUAGGUACAAUAUGAUCAAACAUUGUAGUACUGAUUAUGACGAUUGUGUCUGGAUUAGUGAGUGGUGUGACGGAAAAACGGACUGUGCUGACCUCUCCGAUGAGGCAAAUUGUACAGAAUACACAUGUCCAAGAGAUAGAACUAAGUGUGCUAACGGAUACCAAUGUCUGUAUAGACACGAGUUUUGUGACGGGGAUGAAGACUGUAUGGAUGGCAGCGAUGAAGAUGAAGAUUUUUGUCAAGACUAUAAAUGCUUGGAUGGAUUCAUGAAAUGUCGUGAUGGACAGCAAUGCAUUAGGGUAGAUGCUAUGUGUCGGGUAGAUACUAUACGUACUCAUUGCAAUGAUGGCUCUGAUAUGGAAGAAGAAUUUUGUGAAACUGCAGAUUGCGGUACACAAGCAAGGAAGUGUGAUGAUGGGGCCCAUUGUGUGUAUGAUUCGGAAAUGUGUAAUGGAUUUCAGACAUGUCCCGAUGGCAGUGAUGAAGCACCGCAAAAUUGUACAAAGGACAGUGAAUGUCCAUCUGGUUUAUGGAAGUGCGCCGAUGGAGUCGAGUGUAUACACGAAAUGUAUGUGUGUGACAACUGGAAGUAUUGUAGUGACAAAUCAGACGAGAACAGAGAACUGUGCACUCAAGACAGACAGUGUGCAGCUGGGCAUUCUAAAUGUGCCGAUGGACUACAGUGUAUUCCUGAUGGAAUGGAAUGUACUGGUGAUAGCGAAUGUAUUGACUACUCAGACGAAUCACCGGAGAUUUGUCAUAAUAAGCAACCACCAGUAGUAAAAGAUUUACGUGCAAUAUCGUUUCCAGGAAAAAUCAAAGUAUUUUGGAUGUGGCCAGACUUUGCUGGAUCUGCACGUGGAUAUAAAAUAAUCUAUGGCAAGGAACUGUCAGGUUUACGACAUACACAAGACCUUGGACCAAACAGAAUCAUGCACAUAAUCAAUAACCUAGAACCAAAUACUAGUUAUACAAUAAGCGUUGUAACGUAUAACAACUUGGGCGUAGGACAAGAAGUGACCGUUAAGGUGACGACUACUGGAGUAUGAACUGUGAAGGUGUACCAUGGCAUAGUGAUGAAAAGUGCAACCAGCCAGAUAAACGCCGUUUGAUGGAUCAUUUGAUCAAUCGUGCUAAAUUUUAAAUAUAAAUAAAUUGCUUAUAUCGUUUCGUUGCGGUAUUACCAAACUGUG